AUGGACAAUCCCCUCGUUGCCCCCGACUCGUCUCCAGUCACAUUCACAGUUUACUCAAAUUGCGAUACGUCGCUCCCAGCCGACUCCGUUAGCGUGAAUUUUGGCCAAGUGGUGCUUUCAGACAUAAUGGCAGGGGACCAUUGUGAAUGCAACGAUGGGGACCUCGAAAACGCAGAGGAGGACGUGUGGUCGGUGCCACCUGGGGACGCCCAGGCCACGCAAGAGUGUGGCUGGAAUUCCAAGUAUAACCCAAAGAAGAAUGCACUGUUGUGUAUUCGAGAGGAAAACGCCACGGCUUUCCUUCUAAAGGAGGAAUAUAUCGCUCGUUGCCUCUUGGAAGUGGAAGAGGUAGGUCAGCGCGGUCUACUCUCGAAUGCAAUUCAAUGGGAACUUCACACGCUGUGUGGUUGCAACGCAGGAGUUAUGAGAGAUAACGGGCAAACUGGUCCGUUGUCUCACGCCCAGGCCUCCAACCCUGUCUUUGAUACCACCGCUAACGAUAAUGAGUUGUUUUUGCGAAACACACGGCUCAGAAGCAUUCUGGACGAUGAGGCGUUCACUCCACUGGAGAAACUCUUGCGUGACAGUUCUCCAAACGCACCACCUCCAUCGAAACUCAACAACCCUGCAAUUGGUGGGGCGUACGCCAACAUCUACGAACCACCCUCCGGAGUGAUGGGGUCCGUGCCGGCACAGACGCCGUCAGGUACAUUCAAAGUUGGUCUGCGGGCAAAAAACGUUCCACAACCGUCAUUUUCAGAGGCUGACCCCAGCUAUUUGUCCUCUGGGCGUUUGCUUGAAACGCAGCGGCAUCAGCUGGAGAUGGAGCGUCGUUUGACACGGCGAGAACGCGACACCUUGGAGCGGGCUCUAGAUGCGCGUUACAAAUGCAUUCAGUUUCCCCCUGACACCUACGCACAGUUGCGUUAUGAGCCCUCGAACGUCUUUUCACGUGAGCGCCAACUCAUUUUGGGCUCCCUUGGCAUCUCUGAUCCUAAGGCGUCUCAGACUGAUGCCGCGACACCAUUGCAGGAAGAAAGCAAAAAGAAACACAUUCAGCAACAGCAACAAAAACAGCAGAGGGUGCAGUCACAGGUACAUAAGGAAGGAAUUCCCAGCGCUGGGGUGUCGCCCAUCUCGUCCCACACAUUUUUGUUUUCUCCCAGUCCCUCGAAGGUGAUGGAAUCGAAACCGGAUCCAAAGGGGGCAGCCCUCUUUUCUGAGGCAUGCGAGGCUAAAUACAAGGAGGGUUUGACAGCCAUGAAGGAAUUACUAGACCUUUAUCAAACGUUUAUAAGGACACAACCACAACCAAACCCAGCGCCUUCGGCAUCACAGAGUGAUGUUAGCAAUUCUUUUGGGAAUGAACCAACGACACCUUCUACGAUAACGUACGAGAAACGUCUGGCUCGUAUCAAGCGUCUCUACCCCUCCACUGGCACCAACGCGAGUGUGGUACAUCAAUACAGGUGUCUCCUGCGUACACCACCCUUGCCGCCGUCGUUGGGACUCCCAACUGUUCCUGGUGACAUUGGUCAACAUUAUGCGAAUGCACCAGUUAAAGGGUACAUGAUACCGUUUCAGGCGUCUAGUACAGGUGCCAGUAACACGGGAACGACACAUGAGAGUGGAUUAUAUGAAUAUCAUUUACUCCCUGUUAAUAAUUCUUGUACAAGUGGCAGGAGUGUGGUUAGGCAAGAAGCUCAGCUGAAACCUUUUAUAGGGAGUGAAAAUGACGGGGACCAUGACACGUUGAACAUUCAAUACUCUGAUACAAUGUUGCCGCCGCAUCGUCGUAUUAUAACUCCCCCAGUCCCUUCCUCCAGGGAAGGGCAAAUCUCCACCAGUAAAGUUUCCGUUACCUGGCCAGUCCUUCGCUGGGACGCAGAGCGCAGUGAAAAUGUUUGCAUUUCGCAGAAUGGAACCACAUGCGUAGCGGAUGUGUCAAGGGCCCUUCAGUUGAGUGCCACUGAGAAGGAGCGAACGGGCAAGGCGCUUCCUUCUGCAAAAAUUGCAAUGUUUGCGCUUGGAACAAUUGGUAUUGCGGAGGGUGAGUUUAUUUUUGAGGUUCGGAUUGAUGCACGGCCUUCUUUAACGCAUACGCCGCAAAGUCUUUUUGCGGUUGGCGUGACCACGAAGUACUACCGAGGUUCAAAUCAGAGAAGUCCAGCCUAUUUAUUCCGCUCCGAUGGGACACUUGUGUCUCACUCUGACGAUGAAACAAGGGUUCCUUACGGCUCUUCUUACAAUUCAGGCGCCCAUAUUACCGUUUAUUUGAGUUUAAUUCAAAAGGAACUUUGCUUUUUCCUCAAUGGAAAAGCAUUGGGUGCGGCAUUUAGGUUUAGAGGGGUGGAGGACCCGGAGCCGUUGUUCCCACUCGUUGUCUUGGGAGAUGAAGGUUGUAGUGCAACCUUUGUUCCCCCUUCACAACUGCUUCCUCAAGUGAGUUCCUCAGCGCGUCAAAGCAUGCGCCCUGUGAGGUCUCAUUAG